ACGCCCAUAUGUAAGUGGUGCCGGGAGACCCAACUAGGUCAGGGUGUGUUUUGAACAAGCGUGAAACACUCAACGCACACAGAGCAGUGGAAAUGUCUAGGAUUUAUAUAGGCAGGCUGAGCUAUCGCGCAAGAGAGAAAGACGUGGAGAAGUUUUUCAAAGGCUAUGGGAAAAUACUGGAAGUCGAUUUGAAAAAUGGGUAUGGUUUUGUUGAGUUUGAUGACCCGCGAGAUGCAGAUGAUGCUGUGUACGAUUUGAACGGGAAAGACCUUUGUGGCGAGAGGGUCAUCGUAGAGCACACCAAAGGACCUCGUCGUGAUGGGAGUUACGGUUCUGGGAGAAAGAGAGACGAUGUCGGGGACCGUGAAGGCAACUAUCAGGGCAGAGGCGGGAGGGACCGCUAUGGACCUCCAGUCCGCACCGACUACCGGCUGAUUGUAGAGAACCUCUCCAGUCGCUGCAGCUGGCAAGACCUUAAGGAUUACAUGCGACAGGCAGGCGAGGUGACGUACGCCGACACCAACAGGGGCAGGCGGAACGAGGGCGUGAUUGAGUUCCGCCUCUACGCUGACAUGAAGCGGGCCCUGGAGAAGCUGGACGGCACCCUUGUGAACGGCCGCAAGAUCCGGCUCAUCGAGGACCGGCCUGGGGCCCGCAGGGGGCGCCGCUCCUACUCCCGCAGCCACAGCCGCUCCAGGUCUCGCUCCAGGAGCAGGAGGUCACGGAAGAGCCGCAGCCACAGUGAAAGUAGCAGCCGCAGUCGUUCACGCUCCCGACAAGCCUCUCGCUCUCGCAGUCGUUCUGUGAGUAAGAAGGCCAAGGCCAAGGGUCGCCACGAGGACGAGGAGCGCAGCAACGGGGCCCACAAGGGUCGCGCAGGCCGGGACGAGGCGCGCAGCCGCAGCAAGAGCCGCAGCCGCAGCAAGAGCAAGAGCAGGAGUCGCAGCCGAGGCAGCCGCAGCCCCAAGAGCAAGCACAGCAAGAAGGAGAGCAAGAAGAGCCGCAAGGACAAGUCCCGCUCGCGCUCCCGCUCCCGUUCACGCUCCGGCUCCAGGGCCCGCCAGCGCUCCGCCUCCCGCUCUCGAUCCCGCUCGGCCGACAAGGAGCGCUCAAGAAAGUCCAGCUCCAAGAGCCGUGAGGCGCCUAAGAGCGACGGGGAGGCUGGGCCGGUGGCGGGGGUGAAGGCCUCUCGCUCAAGGUCACGUUCUCGCUCCCGUUCACACUCCAGGUCGCACUCGCGUUCACCCUCUGCUCCCAACGCACGGGCCAAGUCCAAAUCCCCGUCUCCCUCCCCAGCGAAGGCCAGAUCCCGCUCCCCCUCCGUCUCCCGCUCCAAGUCCCGCUCGAAAUCCCACUCCCGCUCGAGGUCCCGGUCACGAUCCCAGUCCUGAACCUGAUCUCAACCCCUCUGUGACCCUUCACCCUUGACCCUGACCCCAGAGUCUUUUCCUUUCCUUUUCCUUUUUAUUUUUAUUUUUUGAUAAAUAUUCGUAGGAAGUUGGCCUCUCCUGCUCAGCCCGUUUCUCUCUCACACACACACACACAAACACACACACACACACACACACACACACACAGUACGUUGCACCCCCAUUUUAUUUCUCCUUUUUGUAUCAUUAAAAAAUGUCUUCUCCCCAGUAGUUAUGUCUCUUAAUCAAAGUGUUUGUAAAAUAUUAAGUCAAUUUGGUAAGAUAUGGCAGGGAUAAUUUUUUUUUUUUAAUAAGGUGACAUGUCUGAAAAAGGUUGUGUCUUGGAGUCUUAAUCUCUGUACUGCAUAUUUGAAGCAUACAGUGUUUAGGAUAUGAAUUGGGAGUGGUGAUUGUCAUUUUAUUAUGUUGCAUUCCACCUUGGUGGAACAAAAUAUUUUACCAAUUACUUUAAGACAAUUAUUAAAAUUUGCCUGAUCUGUU